AUGGACAAACUCCAUGUUUCUCUGGGCUUGCUUAGGGACUCCUUGGCUGCCAACCAGAAGGUGUAUUUAUCAGCCUUCCACUCCUAUCUGCAAUCUGAGUUUAGUGAUGAAAACAUCGAGUUCUGGCUCGCAUGUCAAAAUUUCAGGGCAACUGCCUCACAAGAUAACCUCCAGUGGAAAGCCAAGGAUAUCUACAAGGAGUUCAUUCAGCCCACAGCUUGUAAAGAGAUCAAUGUAGACCAUCACAUUCGAGAGGAGAUCACAAAAUCCUUGGAUAAACCAAGUCUAACAUGCUUUGACGAAGCACAGAAACAUGUUUACCUGCUAAUGGAAAGAGACUCUUGUCCAAGAUUCCUGCAGUCUGAAGCUUUUCUAAAACUCAAGCAGAAAUCCAAGACAUUGUAA